AUGAAAGUGACAAAUCUCCAAGUUAUUCUGGUGCUAAUGAGCGGAAGCCUAACAAUAGUUAUUGCCCAAGAUCCUUGUUCUGCAUCGGUGUAUACAGAACUGGGUGAUUUGGCGAAAAGAAGUCCAACAUAUGUCCAGGAUGCCGUCCCGGUUUGUGACCGAUAUAUUGAUAAAAAAUGGUACAGGGCUGGUUUCCACCAGAUGACAACAUCUGCACCAUCUUUGGGAUUUUGUGGAACAUUGUAUCCCUACUGGAUGAAUGAUUCACUACCAGACUCAGGACAAAUAAAAAAUGUGAAAGUCUGCCAGGUUGGUUUUAGUAGUGUCUGUUCAAAGGACCGCACCAUAAGAGUUAAGAGUUGUGGGAAUUUCUAUGUAUAUGAAUUGACACCAUUGGAUCUGUGCAACUCAGCAUACUGUUUUGAAUCUGACAUAUCAUGUGUUUCUGAAGUUCCAUCCAGCAUAACAGUAGCUUACCAUAGCGUUUCCUGGACAACAGAAGAAAAACCGCCAGAAAACGGAAUAAAACAGAAGGUACACGAACCUGAUAUCAAUUUAAUCUGUCAGUUUCAAAGAUUGGCUGACCAAAAUCUUUUUUACGACAUCACGUGGUAUGUUGAUAAUACCGAAGUUCUUCGAAAUCAAACAAUCUCUUCGAACGCAUCUGAUGUAGCCUUGUUAUCGGGGACACAGAUACUUGCUAAAGGCAAAAAGGCAAACUCAAUGAUCCAUUGCGUGGUAGGGGCAAAAUUCAAUGAAGGUGGCAGUCCAUGCGAAACCAAUGCUAGUUCACUCUUCUUUGCAGGAAUAAAGAUCUUGACACCAAUUCUUCGGAUAAGUAGGGGUCAAACCGCAGAGGUAAAACUACAGUUUACAAUACCAUUUAUAAAUCAAAACCUAAUUAUAACUAUUCCGGGGACUCCUCCAAAUGACGAACAAUCCAAACUGAAUAUACAAAUGGCCGUACAUAACAGCUCCUCUAGAGUCUGUGACGAUCCAAAUAGAAAAUCCUGUGAUACUGAAGUCAACGCUUAUAAAUACAAAGAAAGGGAUAAAUACAACACGGAUGACUGGAAAGUGGUACAUGAAAUAAAAGUCCAAAAUAAACACGAUGGCGACUUCAAGCUUAUCGACAAGCACAUUACUUUGCGUUUCGAGACUGGGUCUACAAAUGGACCAGGAAGCAAAAUUUGGGAAGACAUCACCCUGCCAGACAUACAGGUUUAUAUAGAGGACAGUGAUUCCGCAUGGAAAGGAAAAAAUUGCGAGUCUCACACAGAUCCACAUAUGAAAACAUUUGAUGGAAAAUACUAUGAAUGUCAGAUGGAUGGGACUUUUAUUUUGUACCGAAACAAGAUCUACCAGCAAGAGGUACAAGAAAAACACCAUAAGUGUUACCAUGCAUAUAACUACCCAAGAUGCACUUGUGCUGUUGCUGUAAGAUCGGGAAAGGACGUCUUUAUCGUCGAUAUUUGUAAUACCCAAACGAUCAUCAAUUUUCCUACUUGUGAGGAUAAAGUUUUAAAAGUCAUCAAAACGAGUGACAAAUUGUACAAGGUUAUUUUCCCAACAGGAACAUUAGUUGAAAUCAGGUUUGUUUCCUGGCCGACUCAGGAUCACUGGCAAUUAAACAUCGACAUUUUCCCAUCUCCUUCUGAUGUAGGGAAUUCUAGUGGACUCUGUGGAAUCCUCGAUAACAAUUACAGAAAUGACUUUACUUGGAACAAUCCUGGAAAAACGGAGGACAUUCCUGAUCUCUACGAUUAUUACAAUCCUCCCAAUGGGUUUUCUAAUUCCUGGAGAGUUGGAAAUGGUGAGGUAGACCUCUUUGACAAUAGUGUUUAUGAUAAUCUUGACUCCAUUACAACAGUCUUUGAUCGUACUUGUACAUGUGAAAGAGAAGACAACCAACAAAAAGGAGAUAUUAUAUGUAGCUACGGGAAUUACAAAAAUUGCAAGUUUGUGGUUGGGAAAAAAUACUACUGUAUCUUAAAUCCUGAAGGCCAGUUGAGAAGAAAAAGAGAUUUGCGUCAUUUGCAGUCAUUAAGAAUCAAUGAUCCUGGGGGAAAUGUGGUUCAGCACGAGCAUUCCCUAAAUUUACUCCUUGUCUUUUUUCAGAGUCGAGUGAAAAGACAAACCAAUAUUGAUAUGGUGUCACACGAAAAUGCGACGAUCAUCUGCCAUAAAGCAUUUGAAGCAUCUGAUUCGUAUUUGAUGUGUCAGGAACAUGUCAGUGAUUUGGCAAAUACAUCAUUGGUUAAUUGUAUUUCUGAUGUAAUGAUGACUGGGGACAUAAACAUCACAAAGAUCCAUAUAGAAGCAGCAUUAGAGCAGUGUUCCACGUUUGUUGUUUUAAACAGUACUUUCCAAGAAGUCGAACCAGACAUAACAUACAGAAUUGAGAGUCUUUGUGAAAACAACUGUAGCGGAAAUGGUAUAUGCAAUACCGGUAACUGUACUUGCAAUAGUGGAUAUGCAGGCAGCGAUUGUUCCUUUGAUCUGUCCGGUCCUCCGUCAAUAACGCAUAUCUCCGACUUCGGAAUCUGUGACAAGUCUUCUGAAGCAUGUGAUGAAAUAACUCUGUAUGGAAAAUACUUUCUUGAAAAUAUGAAUACAACUUGUUACUUGAGGAGAAAAACGCUGGCAGAGAAUGGUACCGUUUUGUCAGAAACAAAUUAUGAAUCCAGUCUGCAAGAAAGGACAUUGUUUGAAGGAUACUGCCCCCUUAACUACAACACAGAUGACAACUGGGUCACAGAAUUUAGGUUCAACGUAUCAAACGACGGCAGUCGAUAUACGGAUAACUAUAACAUUUACACCUACCAGUCCCUCUGUCAGAAACUCAAAAAUGAUACCGGGAACAUAACAUUUAUAUUUAAGGAUGGUUAUUGUUACAUUAAUAAUACUUGUGUUGCUGAUGGAGAUACAAAUAAAGACAAUGUUUGUGAUAUCUGCAAUACUGCAAGUGAUAAAUAUCAAUGGUCAUUUAACACAGGGCACUGUUUUAUUAAUGGGAAGUGUUUCACAGCUGGAGCAAUAAAUGAAACAAAUCCUUGCAGCGUUUGUAAUCCGUCUCUCAACAUAACAGCGUGGUCUCCUAAUCCAGGAUUCUGCUUUAUUGACAGCAUCUGUUAUUUUGAUGGUCAAGUUAAUCCGAGAAACAACUGUGAUGUUUGUCAGUCAAAUGUAUCACGUAGUGACUGGAUAUUCAAUGAAGGUUACUGCCUCAUCGAUGGCCUGUGUAUUAAGAACGGAGUUUCAGAUGCCACUAUGGACUGUAAAAUGUGUAACUCUGGUGUAAACAAAACCACAUGGCAAAUAAAGAAUGGUCAUUGUAUAAUUGAUGGGCAGUGCUUCAAGCAUGGCGAGAAUCAGACUUCUGUUGGCUGUAAACUUUGUGACCCACUUGUAAAAAAAGACAACUGGACAUUAGCUAAAGAUUACUGCCUCCUUAAUGGUUCAUGUGUUAUUGAUGGAGAGGCAAACAGCACACACCUUUGUGACUACUGUGACGUCUCCACCAGCAAAAACACUUGGACAAAAAAUCCGGGGUAUUGUUAUAUUGAUGGAUUGUGUGUUCGUGAUGGGGAAAGGAAUAUGUCCAAUGACUGCUUCUAUUGUAACACAUCUAAGGGACAGAAAGUUUGGUCAUUUAAUCCAGGAUAUUGCUAUAUUGAUGGAAUGUGCGUUCUUGAUGGGGAAAGGAAUAUAUCCAAUGAAUGCUACUAUUGUAACACAUCUAAAGAACAGAACGUUUGGUCUUUUAAUCCAGGCUAUUGUAAUAUUGAGAGCCUGUGUAUUGCCGAUGGACAGAAGAAUGUGUCCAAUGAAUGUUUCUAUUGUAAUACAUCUCAAGGACGAGACAGUUGGUCAUUUAGUGAAGGAUAUUGUUACAUUGAUGGAAUGUGUGUCCGUGAUGGGGAAAGGAAUAUGUCCAAUGAAUGCUACUAUUGUAACACGUCUAAGGGACAGAACGUUUGGUCAUUUAAUCCAGACUAUUGCAACAUUGAGAGCCUGUGUAUUGCCGAUGGACAGACGAAUGUGUCCAAUGAAUGUUUCUAUUGUAAUACAUCUCAAGGACGAGACAGUUGGUCAUUUAGUGAAGGAUAUUGCUACAUUGAUGGAUUGUGUGUCCGUGAUGGGGAAAGGAAUGUUUCUAAUGAAUGUUACUAUUGUAAUACAUCUAAGGGACAUAACUUCUGGUCUUUUAGUCCAGAGUAUUGCUUAAUUGAUGGAACCUGCAUUAAAGAAGGCAGAAAUCACACAAAGUUUGGUUGUAAAAUAUGUGAUCCUUUAGUGAACACAAGCGAAUGGACCUUAACCCAAGAUUACUGCUUCAUUGCUGAUACGUGUAUAUUGGAUGGCAAUUCAAACAUAACGUAUCCAUGCCAAUUCUGUAAUGUCUCAAAUGGCAUGCACUCGUGGUCACAAAAUCCAGGAUAUUGCAUCAUAGCUGAUAAAUGCGUUUCACAUGGAGAGAAAAACAUUUCUAGCCCAUGUGAUAUUUGUGACAUCUCUAUCAGCAAUUAUUCUUGGUCUAAAAAUCAAGAUUUUUGCAAAAUCGGCGAGUUGUGUGUUGCUAAUGGAGAAAGAAAUGCAACUAAUGAAUGUUUUUACUGCAACGCUACUCUUGGACACGGUUCGUGGUCAUUUCGUGAAGGUUACUGUAACAUUGAUGAAAAGUGCAUUAAAGAAGGAGAAAUCCACACCCUUUAUAGCUGCAAAGUGUGUGAUACUACUCAGGACAAAGGCAACUGGACAAUAGUAGCAGAUUAUUGCCUUAUCAAUGAUAUGUGUGUUCGUGAUGGAGAAUUGAACAAGACUUACCCAUGUGAUGUCUGCAACAUCUCACUGAGUAGAUACACGUGGUCGCCUAACAAUGCAUACUGCGAGGUAGAUAACAUGUGUAUUCCCAAUGGACAGAAGAAUUCAUCCAGUGAAUGUUUCUAUUGUAACACAUCCUUGGGUAGAAGUGUGUGGUCGCUCAUUCAAGAUUGCCCCCUAACAACUAAGGUACAAACGACAAGCACAGCUGAACCAACAACAACGGUACAAAUAACAAGUACAAGUGAACCCACAACAACCAGACAAACAACGAGUACAAGUAAACCCACAACAACCAGACAAACAACAAGUACAACUGAACCCACAACAACCAGACACACAACAAGUACAAGUGAACCCACAACAACUAGACAAACAACAAGUACAACUGAACCCACAACAACCAGACAAACAACAAGCACAAAUGAACCCACAACAACCAGACAAACAACAAGUACAAGUGAACCCACAACAACCAGACAAACAACAAGUACAAAUGAACCCACAACAACCAGACAAACAGCAAGUACAACUGAACCUUCAACAACAAGUACAACUGAACCUACAACAACAAGUACAACUGAGGGAACUUCAACCAUCGGUAAAUCAACGACAACAACUCAGGACAGAAUGACCACAUCAUCUUGUGUUGAAAUGAACAUUGAAAAUAUUACCGUAACUUAUUAUGACGUCUCUUGGAACACAUCAAUCAAAACAGAAGGAGCAACAAAGCGGACCAUACACGAUCCUUCUGUCAAUUUAAAAUGUAAUUUUACCUCCUCCUCUGACAAUCUGCUCUUCUACAAAGUGGAGUGGUAUGUUGACAAACACAUACUCGUCAAAUCAGAAGUGCUAGGAGGAUCGACUGACAAAUAUGCUAUAUUAUCGUUAUAUGAUUUGAUUUCCAUGAACAAGAAAUCUGGAAUUCAGGUACUAUGCAAGGUUGGUGCCACGAAAGAUAAGCUUAUGGCACCUUGCGAAAUGUUUGAAAGUGAUCCAUUCUUAGCGGGGAUGAUGAUGAAUGACACUAAACUCAGUCUUCCAAGAAAAGGCAAAGCUCAUGUUGGAUUUUACUUAACUGUUCCAUUCGUCACACAAACAGUCAUCUUAAAUGAUACCGUACAGGCACUCCACCCCCUGACGGUUCACAGUAACAUUAUUCCCAUGUCAGAGAACGGUUGUAAAGGAUCUAUAGGAGUGGAUCAAUGUUCUGUAGAAAUCAGUGCGUAUUCCUAUAAUGAAAAGAACAGGUAUGAAUCAAAUGAAUGGAGAAAAGUGCACUACAUCACAGUGUAUCACAUUGACACAGACGGUUAUAGCAUCGACACAACAGCCACUCUUUACUUGAGGACAAGUGAAAACGAAGAUGGAUUUUUCCAUAACAUAUCUUUAGACAAUACGUCGAUACAAAUCUUCGAAGCGAAGGAAAUUUGGAAGGGAAAAUCAUGCGGGUCAAAAACCGAUCCUCAUUUAUACACAUUUGAUGGAGUGGCAUUUGAAAGCCACAUUGAAGGAGAAUUCAUUUUGUAUCGUAAUUCGUUAUACAAUCAAGAGAUUCAAACUCGUCACGAGAAAUGCCACACGAACUACCCUUUCCCGCAAUGCACGUGUGCUGUUUCUGUACAGUCAGGAAACGACGUGUUUAUGAUUGACAUUUGUGGAAACAAUAAUUUUAUGGAUUUUCUUAGAUGUCAAGAUAACGUCAUUGAAGUAUACAAAAUCACAGAUAAACUCUACAAGGUUCUUCUUCCGACUGGCACCACUGUGAUUGUGUCUUUAGUGGAGUGGCCUGUUGAAGGGUCUUGGCAGAUAGAUAUAGAUAUCUACCCAUCACUUGCUGACGCAAACAACACUGAUGGUCUCUGUGGAACCUUGGACGGCGAUAGAGGAAACGAGUUUACCCAUCGGAAUGGAAGCAGCGAUAGUUCGGCGUUGGAAUAUCCUGAUAAUUUUUCUAGAUCUUGGAUGGUCCAGAACGAUGAAAAUCUGUUAAACAGCGCACCGUCAGAUCGACCACCAAUAUCCUCCAAUCUCGAUAAGAUCUGUACUUGUUCUCCAAGCGGAAAUCAAUGUUCUUAUCAUACAUAUUCACAAUGUUCAAAAGCCACAGGGAAGCAGUACUAUUGCACUCAAACAGCAAACCAGAUACAGUCACUACGUAAAAAGAGGGAAGUUCAUCUGAAUAGUAAUCUUCCAUCUUUACACGAUCGACAUAAACGGGCACAAUCAAUUUAUGUCAGAACAGAGACCGAAGCAGAGAAUGUCUGUAAAUCUGCCUUUAACAGUUCAGAGCCAUUCCAGACAUGUAGACAGUAUGUCAGUGAUAUGACCAAUGCCUCUUUAUCGAACUGCAUAAUGGAUGUUAGAUUGACUGGGGAUGAAAACAUAACAGCUAUCCAUAUCGAAGCUGCUCUUAAGCAGUGUGUCAACUUUCUAGAUCUGAAUACCACACUGAAAACAGAGCAACCGGAUGUCACGUAUCAACUUCAGUCGCUAUGCUCAAAUAACUGUAGUGGUCAUGGCAUUUGCAAGGAUGGUAACUGCACAUGUGACUUUGGGUUCGGAGGAAGCGAUUGUGCCUUCAAUGUCCGAGCACCACCAACAAUUCUAAGAACAGCUCCAAACGGAACCUGUGACAUGUCUUUGCGCACCUGUUCCGAAGUUCUUCUGGAGGGCAGAUACUUCCUACAGAAUAUUAACAAAACAUGUUUCAUAACCAGAAUACUGAUUCACUAUGAUGACACUGUCAUGGAUACCAAAGGCAUUGAACAACCUCUGGAUGACAGAACCCUAUUCCAGGGGGCCUGUCCUUUGCCUGAUGACAGACGGACCAAAUGGAUAACCAAGUUCACAUUUAACAUAUCAUACGAUGGAAAACAGUUCACUCAAACAUAUUCAGUGUAUAAAUAUCAGUCGGAAUGCCAGGAGGUCUCUUAUGAUAGGGGUGUUGAGCAGUUUUCACUUAAGGCAGGGUACUGUUUCAUUGAUAACAAAUGCGUAAGAAGAGAAACUUCAAAUCCGGGCAACAGUUGUGAGGUUUGCAGUCCUUCAAGUCAAAAGUUUGACUGGUCAUUGCAUAAAGAUUGUGUUUCAACCACGUUGUCACCAACAACCAAAUCUCCAAUAUCCAGUCCAGCUUUCAUCAUAACUGUCUCUGCUGUUUCCUUUAUAUUUGUUGUGACUUUAAUAGUUGUCAUUCUUGUCUGGCGAUAUCGAUCGUCUACUGGACGUCACUUAAAUGAGGUUGACUCAACAAAGGGCUUAGAGCUUCCAAAGUGGAGGACAUACUUUGACGAGGGGAAAUAA